AUGAAGAAGCCGAGCCAUGGGAUGGUCAAGAAAAUCGUCCUGUUUGCGGCGCCGGCCGUCCUGUCGCCGCUGCUCUUUUUUGGAAUGGUAAGCUUUCCUUCAAAGAAGACAACUAAAGAGCUACAAUAAAAACCAUUACUUUGAUCUAUUCAGCCAUUUCGCUGUGUCUUCGUUAUCGGUAUUCUGAGCGCCUAUUGGAUCGCCGAAGUGCUUCCGCUCGGCGUGACUUCCUUAAUUCCACUGUUCCUUUUCCCAGUCCUCAGCGUCGUCGCCUCAAAGAAAAUCAGUGUCGUUUAUUUCAAGGUAAACGAGUGAAAUGAACUUUCUUCAGCACUUUGAUAAACUAUCGAUUCCUAGGAUUCAAUAGUGUUAUUCAUCGCCACGAUGAUCAUGGCGUUGGCCGUUGAGGCAACUGGAUUGCACAGAAGAGUCGCUUUGAAGCUCCUCACCAAAGUUGGAGCCAGGAAACAUACGUGAGUUACUGACAAUUUUAUUAAAAAUUAAUAUCUCAACUGUUUCUUCAGAAUGCUGCUCGGCGUAAUGAUGACAACUUCUUUCAUGUUUGUUUGUUUUUUUCAAAAACUUGAAAUUUCAAUAAGUCUAUGAUUUUUCAAAAAAAGUUACUAAAACUCGGAAAGGAUCAUAUUCGAUUUCUCAGCCGAAUAGUUUUGUGCUUAUGUGCUCAAUAGAAGCUUUAAAAAAACCCAGAUAACUCCAGAAAAGUCUCCUUCAAUUUUUAAUAACGGCAAUUCUUAUUGAAACUUCUUUACUAAAUUUUUAUAGACUUUCUCAUACUCAAUUUUCAAUAUGCAAUUUUACAUUGUCAUGAUCAAAUUUUUUUGAUCUGCAGUAAAACGAAGAAGCCUGAAGCUCAUUUUUUUCCCUUUUAAGAAUAAAUAUUUUCAGGCUGCGUUGACUAAUAGGCUCCUAUGUUAUUUUAAAUUUUCUUGCCCGCCUCUAAAAUGACCGGUACUCCAAUUUCUGCCAAGAUUUCCGCAUUUUUUUGUUUGAUAAGCUCAUCAUGAGAAUUAAAGUAAAAAAUCUCGGUUUAAUUUACUUCUUCCAGUUCUUUCUUUGUCUCGGACACGGCUUGCACAGCUUUGAUGACGCCGAUCGUCAUCGCUAUCCUGACAACCUUGUCAGAGGCGAAAAGCUCCUCGAGCCGGACUGACCGGUCAUCAACCACCGAGAGCUCAGUGAGCACCAUGGAAGAAGCUUCUAAUGCGACGUCUGAAUACCCUCAACACAAAAAAGAAAAACUCAAGUUAAUUAAGAUCUCCCACUAAAAAAGAGUUCACUUCUGUGGCUGAAAGGUUGGGAAUGGCGAGUAUGACCAAGACUGAUCGAGGCUUUUGUAAGGUAAACUGAAAACGUUACUCAAAACACUAAAAAGGCCAUUGAAGAAGAUCAACAAGAUCCUGAGGUGUUUUUAUAUUAGCUUUUUUAUUUUUGAAAGUUACAAGUUGAAAAUCUUUCCAGUUCGCAGAAAUUUUUCCAAUCAUUUGCACGGCCUGCAAGUGUUUUCAUAUCUAAAAAAUCUUUCGAGCCGCAAAUCAUCAGAACUUUCUCGAAUUCUGGUUUGAUGAUCUAUUCAAAACCGCAAAGUUUCUUCGUAUCUCAAAAUUUAAAUCCUUUUCAAACCCUGGCCGUUUCGUAUCAGAAGUUCUUAUUGAUGGAAAAAGCCUAUUUUAUCACUAAAAUGUUCUAGGCGAUGAUUCUCUCAUGCGCUCAUGCUUCAUUAAUUGGAGGCACUUCGAUUAUCACUUCCACAGGGCCCAACAUUGUCUUUCGAGAAAUGCUUCAAACGUAAGUCUUUUGUUCUUAAUCUUUUUUUUUUACUGGUGUUCAUCUUUUCAUUUGAUGUGUCUUAUACCAAUGAUUAUUUUUCCACUUAACAUCUCAACUUCUAGUCGCUACCCUCACGACGAAAUCAGCGUUUCCUACUUGCAAUGGAUGACGUUUGCGAUGCCGCCAAUGUUCCUCUACCUCCUAGCUUCCUACAUCAUUCUUACGGUUUUCAAAUAUGAAAUUUUUGAUGAAAUGCAGUUUUUUAGGUUUAUUUCAUGGGUCCAAGAGCCAUUUCGUUUUGGUGGAGUGGUGAUCCGGAAGAGGACGAAAAAAUGAAAGAAAGCAUGGAGGAGAAGAUCGCAUUUUCUUACAGGGAGCUGGGACCGAUCAAGUAAGCUCCAGAAAAACUUAAAGAAAAUGUUUAACUUUCUCCUACUCUUACGUCAGAGAAUUAUUUACCUAAAUGCUCUUAAUUCAACAGUAUGACUGAAAUUCUUUUUGUAAAAUCUGCUCUUCGUAUCUUGAGUGGUCAUUUACUUUUACGAAGUUAUAGAUUCUAUUCCUAUAGCGCUGUAGUGGCCCCAUUAGUAUAAAAACAGUUGAAACUCAAAAGAUUCUUAUGAAAAUUUCGCUCCAAGAGGUAUCACCAAUUGUUCUGUAGAUCUAUAAGUUUCACGUCACUAAAAGCUUUUAUUUAUGUAAGCCUUUCAAAACUUUCUUUUGUCAAAGAAAAGUUAAGCUACGACGUCAAUACCCCAUGAUCCAUUGAUUAAGAACGACGCAAUCCUCGAGAAUUUUCUAGUUCAUUUAAAAAAUUUUCUAAGCUUUAAAAUCGUUGAAAUAACCACUAAAAAAGCUUAGAAACUGGAAAAAUUUCAACAUUCUUCAAUUUGAGAUUUGGCGAGACAUCAGUCGCCUGUUGGUUUGUGAUCCUGAUGCUUUCCUGGGUGUUUCGAUCUCCAGGAUUCAUGCCAGGCUGGACCAACUUGCUUCCAGACAAUGGGUAAUUCUCUAUCAUCUUCCCAAUAAGCAAUUAUUCCAGAAAAAUGCUGACCGACAGUGUUCCCGGCAUAUUCGUUGCUACUUUAAUGUUUAUCUGGCCUAUGGACCCAUUCUCUGACAGUACUUUUAUUUAAACUUGUUUUCUUUAUUUAAUAAAAAUAUAUAUUCAGCCCCUCAUGAACCGAUUCUAAACUGGUCUCACAUGCAGUCCAAAUUCUCCUGGUCAUGUACCCUGCUCAUUGCCGCCGGCUAUGCCAUUUCCGAAGGAGUUGAAGUUAACUUUUUGGGUGGAUGGGAAAAGAGAAUAUAUUUUUCCUAGGCGUCAGGACUGUCAAAACUAAUGUCCUGCACGAUGAAAAAGUUUUUCGCAGACUUGCCAGCUUUCCCACUAUUGGGUAAGGUUUUCAAGGCUCCAAAAAAAUUACCUCAUUCCUAGUGGCUGUGACUACGACCAUCGUCGUGAUGACUGAGUUUGCGAGCAACGUUUCCACUGGCAGCAUCUUCAUUCCAAUCGCUCUAAAAGUGGUUGGUCAUUAAUUUUCUGAAAAAGCAAAGGAUUUUUCGGUUUAAAAUUUUUCCGAAAAUUGGCCAGAGUCCUCUUUGAGGUACCAGGUUAGAAUCUCAACCUUCUUAAUUUCUUAAUAUGUUAAUGUACAUGUUUUCAAAGUCGAACUACUUUGUUGCCAUAUUUAAUUUUCAAGUUUUUUUUAAGCUUUUUAAUUCAAUCUCAGUUAAAACAAAACUUUGAACGCAUUGUAUUCUGUGCUAUGAUAAGGCUAACCAAGGCUUUUGAGCUUUGUUGCAGCCUUUUACCACCUCAACCGUUCUAUCAACAAACGAUUAAAACUCAGGCUGAAUCAAUGAGAAUACACCCGCUCUACUUGGCGUUUCCGACUGCGGUCGCCUGCUCAUUCGCCUUCAUGCUCCCUAUGUCAACGCCGCCUAACGCCAUCGUCUACGACACCAGAGCCGUUUCCAUGAUGGACAUGGUUAGCUUUCUGAAUUUAUUUUAAAUAAACCGUAAAAAUUUUGAGCUUAUCCAACUAAUGGUAGAUGAAGCUUGUUUCUGUGAUACGCGUGAAACAUAUGUUCUAUCAUCGUUUUUUUGUAAACACACAAGCAAAGCUUAUGUCAGAAAAUUGCUUUCAAAGCGGUCUAAAUGCAAAAUUGCAGCUUGAACGUGGCAGCCCCAAACAUCAAAUUGUCAAAACUGAAAGUCCCGAAUUUGCAGCUUAAAAGUGGCAGUGUCUCAAAUUUGAAGCUUUCAUAACGAACAGUAACAAAUUUGAAGCACACCUCCUUUUACAAUUUCAAAAAAAAUUUUAUUCGACGUUUUAAUCCAAAAUUAUUCAUCAAUUAAUGCAUUCCUUAAGACGGUAAUGAUCAGAGAAAUCAGAGAAAUCAAUUUCUUCAAUUCAAAGCGAUCAUAAGAUUCGGAGCUGCUAGGCAUUAUCAAGUGCAAACUCGUAAUAAGCCUGAAAAAUUUCCCUAUUUCCUUCAUAAAAGUAGUUAGACGAAGGCCAUAAAAAUGUUAGCUCAGAAUCUUCAGACUUUCUUCAGACACAUUCUUAUGCUCGAGGCCUUUACCGUACUAUUUCUUACCCUCUCGCACACAGACUUUUCUCCAAUUGUAGUUUAGGUCUGAAGUACUUCAUGAAAUAUUCUAGUUACACUGCCUUCUCUUAAGAAAUUCCCAAAACUACUAUAAUUCUUACAGAUAAACACCGGCUUAUUCCUGAACAUUUGCUGCAUCGCCAUCACGGCGCUGAACAUGAGCACCUGGACGUAUUGGGUUUUCGACCUCGGUACCUUUCCAGCGUCAAUACACGUCAACAACACCGACGUCACCACUUGUUGAAAACUUUCUGAUUCCUUUAAUUUAUUUCUUCGGUCAUAAUAUUUUUUGUGGCUCUUUCUGAUGCGGCAUACAUGUAUAACGUUUCUCUCGCCUCUCACUUUGUUUUGCUCAAAACCAUGGCGAGACUCAAUAAAAAUUCACUCCCCUCCACUCCGAGUUGAUGUCCGAUUUCGAGCCAUUGGGCAAGCCCUGACACCUUGACGCAGUGGCUAACGCCUCGCACUUACAAGUUGAGGGUCGCUAGUUCAGUCCCACGUCAUGGCGAUGAUGACACCGAUUACGACGUCGAAAUCGGGGAGCUUCCUGCAGAAGCCUACGUUCGACUUCUGUAG